AACUAACCAUGGAAACCUCACAGUGAAGUCAUUGUAACGCUGUCCGAAGGCGUGAUCUAUUUGAACAAUAAGCCUAGGGGGUAACUGUCAAAAGCUAGGGCGUUAGAACCCAAAAGGAGCGUUGGUGUUAAAACACAAAUAGUACGUAGUCCCGAGCCGCAGUGGAGUCUGACCCAUAAUUUAUCCCAAUUCGACUUGGAGACAGAGGGGCCCGCUUUAGCGUGGGAACUUGGGAAGGGGAAAAGUCUGGAUGCCAAAGGAGCAGUUGGAUCUUUGGUUAUAAGCAAAUUUUGACCAUCUCUAAAGGUUUUCUUUUUCUUUUUCUUUAUUUUUUUUUUGUUUCCUCUUUACAUUGUGUAAAAUAAACGGGGAGGUUUGAGAAGACUUGAGGUUGCUUUGACUAUGUAAGUGAAGGUUAAGAGGAGGUAAACUUUGACUUGAUAAUCGUACGUUCGCAGCGCGGAUAAACAAGCGGGACACAUUGUGGCUGGUGAAGAGAAACAGCCACUGGCUGUGCUCUGUUUUCUACCGAGGUAUACUUGAUUCUUGGAUAUAAGGCUAAGGUCACUUCGACUGUCACUCCUCGACCUUGGGACUCAAUUGCGCGUUAUUCCUCUACCUUCCCAAUUCACCUCAACAUACCAUAACAAUAGAAAGGAAGUACAGGAAUAGAGAGGAAGGGAAAGAGAUAAAGAGAAAUGGCAGACCCUUUGAAACCUUUAGAUGCCGCACCCCGCACGAUUCCGUCGCCCGUAUCGCAAAAAACAUAUCCAGUCGCAGGAAUACUUACUACGGUAUUUGGCUUAAAUGAGUUACCUACCCAGGCUUCAGAGGUUGCGUGCCUUUGGCUGCUGCAUCCCAGACUAGCAACUAAAGAAAGGAUGGCGGGAAUUGCUGCCGCAGUCAUCACGGACUGGAAUAACCGAAUCAAGACUCGCCAUGCCAAUAGUAGCCAGUCUAUAAAAGGCCUAAUCGCCGUUGCUUUCGACCAGCGAAAUCAUGGCACGAGGCUGGUUGAUCCCACUGGAAAUGAGGCAUGGAGACAGGGCAACCCUCGUCAUGCGCAGGACAUGUUUUCCAUCUUUCAGGGCACUGCACGGGAUGUUUCCCUUUUGAUCGAUUAUCUCCCACCUUUCGUGUUUCCUCACUCCGAGCACAAGAUCACCGAAAACCUCGUACUUGGUAUUUCCCUAGGUGGACAUGCAGCGUGGAGCUGUAUUCUACACGAACCGCGUGUUACUACCGGUGUGGUUAUCAUUGGUUGUCCCGACUAUGUAAAUCUCAUGGCCGAUCGUGCGAGACUGUCGAAGCUCCCAGCAUGGACAAACAGUGACCCGCCAGGCUCCCAGUUCUUGGGUUCGGAGGCAUUUCCUGAGUCUCUCCUAGACGCCGUCCGUGAUUAUGACCCGGCCAGUCUGUUCUUGAGCUAUUUGGACACGCAGAAGAGUGUCGAGCCUCUGCGGAACCCUACCUUGCCGGAGCCGACGGAGAAAGAGAAGCAGGCUCUACAGCCGCUGUUGGCCCGCUGCCUAGCAGGCAAAAGGAUACUGAAUCUUUCUGGCGGUGUGGAUAAAUUGGUUCCGUACCAUCGAGGAGAGGCCUUCUUAACUUGGCUGAAACAAGCAGUUGCCCCCAACGGCUGGUUUUCCAAUGGUGCGGUGACUCUAGAGGAUGUUAUUGACGAGAGCGCGGCGCAUGAGGUGACGCCCAAGAUGGUUGACGAAGCAGUGCGGUUCAUUAGUGAUACUCUCGCAGCCACUGAGGAUUCAUUGAAGUCUGGAUUUGUUCGUGAAUCUAAGAUAUAACUGAAUUAUAGAGCGAGUUGAGUGCACAUAGACAAUGUGAUCCUGAUCAAUACCAUCUGUUACCAGCAUCUCUGUACUAACAUGCGCCCGAGCCCAUACCCCUCGAAGGAAGCGGUCUUGCCCACAGGCAUUGUUCCAUAUGGGGACGGUAUGUGGA